AUGACUGAGAACGUAUUCUGGACAGAGAAGCCUGCUGUUGCCGCUGCUGGGGCGGCUGGAUUGUUCUGGGUUUCUUACCUUGUGUGCAAAGUCAUCUAUAACCUUUUCUUCCAUCCACUGAGCAAGUUCCCUGGUCCCAAGAUUGCUGCCAUUGGGACAUACUACGAGUUCUAUCACGAUGUAAUCAGGGAUGGCACAUACCUGUGGAGGAUCGAAGAGAUGCAUCGCAAAUACGGACCAGUUGUCCGAAUCAAUGCCGACGAGCUACAUAUCCAUGACCCAGACUUCUACUCAAAGGUCUACGCAGGGUCCAAGCGAGUCAACAAGUAUGGACCCGCGGUCGCCGCCUUCACAGUACCCAGGGCAACCUUGGCCACGAUCGACCACGAUGUUCACCGCCUGCGGCGCAGUAUCCUCAACCCCUACUUCUCCAAGCGUGCCGUAACAAUGCUCGAGCCGCUCAUCAAUGAUAAGGUUGAUCGGCUUUGCCGUCGUCUUGAGGAGUGGAUCGGUCAGGGGACAGCAGUAGACCUGGACGCAGCCAUGGCAGCCUUGACGGCUGAUAUUGUGAGCAUCUACUUUUAUGGCAAAGACUUUGACUACCUCGGUGGAAAGGACUUCAAGUUUGUUGUCAGAGAUGCAAUUCUUGGUCUCAUCGGAUUUUACCAUUUCUCUCGCUUUGUUCCCGCGGUGGCCAACUUCAUCAACAGCCUGCCAAUCCCCAUUGUCCGCAUGAUUCAACCAGGAGCUGCGGCUCUCCUGGAGUCGCAACAAGAAAUCAAGGCCGAGAUCCAACAGUCACUCAAUGAAAAAGACAAUCUCAAGUCAAAGUCAGUCAUCGUUGGGGCCCUGGGGGACCCCGACAUCCCGGCUGAAGAAAAAACGUUGGACCGCUUGGUCGAUGAGGGAGUGACUGUGAUUUUUGCAGGCACAGAGACGACCGCUAGGUCCAUUAGCGUGGCAAUGUUCCACUUGCUACGUGACAAGUCUCUUUUACAGAAGCUUCGGGAUGAGUUGAGCACUGUGGAUAAGGGGCCCGAUGGUCAGUGGGCGUACAACCAGCUCGAGACUCUACCGUACCUUACUGGGUGUGUUCAAGAAGGUUUGCGACUUGCCCAUGGACCUGUCGUCAGGCUUCCAAGAGUCUCUCCAAAUGAAGCCCUACAAUAUGGCGAUUGGCUUAUCCCGGCCGGUACUCCAGUUAGCGAGUCUACUCUUCUCGUCCACCUUGAUCCCUCAAUCUUCCCGAGCCCCAAUACAUUUGACCCUGACCGCUGGGUGAGAGCUGCUAGAGAGGGUGUACACCUCAGCAAAUACAUAUGCAGCUUCACCAAGGGGACGAGGCAGUGUCUUGGCAUCAACCUAGCCUACGCCGAGCUGUACAUAGCCAUCGCAAAAAUUGCGACGUCAUUCGAAAUGGAACUCUACAACACGAGCCUCGAAGACGUCCAAAUCCAUCAUAUUCGUCUAACAGGGUACCCGAAGAGAGGCACGGGUGAGAUCAAGGCAACUGUUACGUCAAAGGCCUAA